AUGGCCCCUCUCAUCCGCGUCAUCGGCUCCCUCAAUGCCGACAUGGUCUCCGUGACCCCACGCUUCCCAGACCCAGGCGAAACCAUCACAUCCUCCUCCUACUUCACCAGCGCCGGCGGCAAAGGCGCCAACCAAGCUGUGGCCUGUGGCCGACUAUCUCGACCCAAACCUACAACCGCCGGCCUCAACACACAGAGCGACGUGGCAGUCGAGAUGGUUGGCGCCGUGGGCGCACUGGACGGCCACUUCUCCGCCCUGCUUCGCCCGACGCUUGAGAAAUCGGGCGUGGACACGUCGCGCGUGCGAGUUAUUGAGAAUGCAUACACCGGUGUAGCAGUCAUUAUCGUGGACUCGUCUGCUGGCGGCGAGAAUCGCAUCCUGUUCUCGCCUGGCGCUAACUACACUGGUAUGCAGCCCACGCCCGACGUGCUAGGUUCAGCGCUGGCUGCGCCUGUGCCGGACGUGAUUGUGAUGCAGGGCGAGAUCCCCGUGGACACGGUGGUUGGGAUUCUCCGUGAGAUUGCAUCUUUCAAGGCGAAGAACCGCGCUGCGGGAAAGUGCGGCAUCGAGUGCGGACCGGACGUUAUGCUAAACCCGGCGCCGGCACCGCCGGGUGGUUUGCCCGAAGAUGUCUACGCAGCCGUUGACCAUUUGAUCCUGAACGAGACGGAGGCAGAGCUGAUGAGCCCUCCCGACGAGCAAUUGCUCCGUGUGGUCCCGGAUGCAGCGGGACUGGACGGUAAUGAGAAAGUUGCGCGGUAUUUCCACAAGCUGGGGGUGAGCUACGUCUUGAUUACCCUUGGGGCCAAGGGCGUCUGGUACAGUGCUACGGAUGGAGGCACUACGGGUCCGAGUGAUGGAGUAAGGCGCUUCACGAACGAGAUCCCCGCGGCGCCAGUGUCGCAGGUGUUGGAUACGACGGCGGCGGGCGAUACGUUCGUGGGCGCGUAUGCGGUCAAGGUUGCGCGAUGGCGCGAGCAGCGUCGUGUGGACGGCAAGGCCGGGCUGGACCUGGUUGAGGCUGAGAAGCCGCAUCGGUACCAGACGGUGAUGGACGAGGGCAUGCGGUUGGCUGCGCGUGCGUCUGCUCGCGCCGUGGAGCGACAGGGUGCGAUGGACAGCAUUCCGUUUGAGAAUGAACUCUAA